UGGCCGCUCGGUCCCGCAGCUCGUCGGUGGCAGCUGAAGAAAAUAGAACCAGUGGCCAAACCCAGCGGUGGAAACCCAGCGUUGACUGGGAUUCGCGUUUUUUAAAGUUGGCGUUUCACCGACUCUUGCAGCCAGCUUGGAUUUUUUUUUCCUGGGCUCCGUUUCCUUCCGCACGUAGAUGGUAGGAUUGUUGGCCGUACACUCGGGUGGCUAACACCGCCUAGCUACAUAACCCCAACUCGUGCGACGACAGCUGUCAUUGGGAGAAAGGAAAGUGAUCUCUCUCCCCCACCGCCUCCGAAUGCACAGGAAGAGCCAUUCCGCUGGAUUUACAUGAUCCGCCCUUCCAUCAAAUGGGCAAAGUUGGGAAUAACAUCGCAGCGUUGGAAUAUAAUGAUAUGCGUGAUGCAUUUCUGAGAACUGCGGUGUUGCUUCAUUGGAGAGAGGCUAGCUAGCUAGCGCGGUUAGCUUGCUAGCUAGCUGGGGGUUGAUUAUAAGUGCGACGUUUCAUCUCCCAGCAUUUUGGCCAUGAAGAGGAUAACUCGCUGCUCAUAGGGCUGGAAGAAUGUCAUCAGAGGAUAAGACUGUGGAGCCCUCUGACCAGGGACCCUCACCGCCCUCCAGCUGUGUAGGGGCCACGUCCACAGAAAGUCCUGCCCACUCAGACAAGCGACCACGUGGCAGGCCACGCAAGGAUGCUGCUGCCAUCCUCCCCCAGGUGCCACCCUCAUCCACGCCGAAGAACAGAAAGAAGGGUCGCACCAGAGGAAGGCUUGCCGUAGACGAGGAAGACAGUAUGGACGGGACUGAGAUCACGGAGUCCAUAGGCACUCAGGACACAGAAACACAAAUCCUGCCAGUGGAGGCCGUGGAAGUGGUGACCGGUGAGGUGCCAGAGCAGGACGAUCCCUCUUGCCCUCUGGUCCAGAGCCCUCCAGCUGAGAAUUCAGCAGGACCAUCUGUCCCAGGAAGUAGAGAAGUCAAAAGCAGUGAGCGUCUCUGUGCCUUCUGUUACUGCGGUGGCCAUAGCCUGCUGGGUCAGGGGGAUCUGCAAGUAUUCAGUACCACGCCUCAGCUUGAAGCACUAUUCAUCCAGAAGGGUGGAGGAGGCUCGACAAGUGAUAGCAGUGAUGGUGAUAAAACCACUCAGCCAAAAAUGGCUGGAGAGACCACCUCAGGACAGAUGGAAAAGACAAAUGUGUCUGAAAGCUGCGAGGAGGAACCAGACCCAGCCAGUCGAUGUUGGGAUGAAUUGUCUCAUGUUGGCCUUCCACAAGAUCUUAAGGUCCAGUCUGUCUUUGAGUCAGGGCAAUGCUGGGCACAUCAGAGUUGUGCCUUGUGGUCCGAAGGUGUUUGUGAGGGCGAGGGACAAUCUCUGCUUAAUGUGGACAGAGCCAUUGACUCAGGGAGCACAAAGCACUGUGCAUACUGUAAGCGCCUUGGAGCAUCCAUCAAGUGCUGUGCUGAAGGAUGUGCUCAACAUUACCAUUACCCCUGUGCAGGGGCAGCUGGGACAUUUCAGGAUAUCGGGAGUCUCUCGCUCCUCUGCCCAGAACACAUUGAAUUGGCCAUUGACAAAUUUGUAGAUGAUUCAAGUUGCGCACUAUGCGAUAGCCCAGGGGACUUACUGGACCAGCUCUUCUGCACCAGUUGUGGUCAGCAUUACCAUGGAAUGUGCCUGGAUAUGGCCGUGACCCCUCUGCGGAGGGCAGGUUGGCAGUGUCCCGAGUGCAAGAUCUGCCAGACCUGCAACAACCCAGGAGAGGACACUAAAAUGCUGGUGUGUGACAUGUGUGACAAAGGCUACCAUACCUUCUGUCUGCAACCUGCCAUGGACUCGCUUCCCACCAAUGGAUGGAGGUGUAAGAACUGCAGAGUUUGCAUCCAAUGUGGAACACGUACCAGCGGGCAAUGGCACCACAACAGCCUGCUGUGUGAGAACUGCGUACUAAACCAGGACCCUGCUUUGUGCUGUGCGACGUGUACUAGCAUCCUGGACCCUGAGCAUCACAAAGACCUACUGUUCUGCCACACUUGUAAAAGAUGGCUACACCUAGAGUGUGAGCGUCAGAACUCAGGCCAAGCAGAUAUCCACCCCAGAGAGGACUAUGUCUGUUCCAACUGCAGGUCCCCUGCUGCAGAGCAGGCGCUACAGGCAGAGGAUAUGGAUACCGGCCCAGAGCUCAGCCCGCAGCCUGCCUCCAUGCACACAGACUCUGAGACUAGUCUACAACUGGCUCAAAAGCACACGGACCUAGAACCUGGCACUCAGCAGCCUCCUGAAAUGCACAAUGACCCCAAACCGGAGUUACUCGCUGUUCCAUUGCACUCAGAUCCAGAGCCGGCUCAGGCUACUGUCCAGGAGGAGAAGCUGGCUAUGUCAGCCCAGGAGCCUGAAGUCUCAGUUGACGCAGACGCUGAAAAGCAGGUUACUGAACCUUCUGUCAACGAAGUCCUCACAGAAUUCAAACCAGAAACAAAGCCAGCAGCAAGAACCCAGCUCACAUCUCCAGAGAGUCCUGCUUCUUCUUCAACUCCCUGCCAGGAGUCGGAGUCUUUUCCCACCCAGCUUUCUACGGAGGCACUACAAACGCAGGAUACCACGUUACAAAUCAUACCAGCAAAGACAGAGGUCUGCCCUGAACAGGACAUGGCCAACCCCAGCACAAAGGAUUUUAAGGCCAUCAUCUCUGCCACCAAAGAACCAAGUACUGCAUCAGUACCUUUCACGGACCAACCAGUGGAAGUCUCACUACCCCAGCCUUCAAGUAUGGAUGUUGUCAGGACUUCUUUUCUGGAAACCGCUCCAAAAGACAUUGAUAAGGAGACGAGGGAGAGUAUUUUUCAAAGAAACCUGGCAGAAACUGUUACGCCCUCAGCCUCGAGUACAUCAGAGGAGAUGGACACCACACCAGAAAGCAAGCCUAAUCUCUCCUUUCCCAGCCUGUCUUCAGAGGAGAAACCUCUCAAGACAUCUGUGGAGAGGUUGACUGAAAUGGUUUCUUCUCCAUCCCACUCCUCCCCUCUGCCUCGCGGGAUUUCUCCCAGAGAACCACAGCAGGCCCCGAUCCUACCUUCGCUGGGUGACCACGGCUGCGUGAUGUCCACCACCACCACACUCAUACCACUCACCCCAAAGAUUGGAAUGGGGAAGCCAGCUAUCACCAAGAGGAAGUUUUCUCCUGGGAGGCCCAGAGUGAAACAGGGUGCAUGGAGUCCCCAUAGCAGUGUGAGCUCCCCCUUGUCCUGGUCGCCAGACCAGUCAGAGGGUUGGGACGUCCCAAAGACCAGACAUUCCUCUGGCAGCCCCGGCUGGAGCAUCAGAGUGGGUCGAGGUUCGGGCUUCCCAGGGAGGAGGAGGCCCAGAGGGGCUGGUCUUUCAGGUAGACCUGGACGCGGAAGGGCCAGAGGCAAGAAUGGACUGAGUCCCAGCAUUAACCCUGGGAUCACCACAAUAGAAACGGCAUACCCCAUGAAAGACGAGGAGGAGAAUGCCAUGCAUAACACAGUGGUCAUAUUCUCCAGCAGUGACUGUUUCACACUGAAACAGGACAUGUGUGUGGUGUGUGGGAGUUUUGGCCUUGGCGCAGAAGGCCGUCUCCUGGCCUGUGCUCAGUGUGGCCAGUGCUACCAUCCAUUCUGCGUCGGCAUAAAGAUCAAUAAGGUGGUGCUGAGUAAAGGCUGGCGUUGUCUGGAGUGCACAGUGUGCGAGGCCUGUGGUCAGGCCACAGAUCCUGGCCGCUUGUUGCUAUGUGAUGACUGUGACAUCAGCUAUCACACCUAUUGCCUGGACCCUCCACUGCAGAACGUACCCAAGGAGAGCUGGAAGUGCAAAUGGUGUGUGUCCUGUAUCCAGUGUGGUGCCACAACACCGGGUCUAAGGUGUGACUGGCAGAAUAAUUACACUCGGUGUGCCCCCUGUGCCAGCCUUCUUACAUGUCCCAUUUGCCUAGUGGACUACAGUGAGGGCACUGUCAUCGUGCAGUGCCGCCAAUGUGACAGAUGGUUUCACGCCUCUUGUCAGGGUCUCCAUUCAGACGACGAUGUGGAAAAAGCUGCAGACAGCAGCUUUGACUGCACAAUGUGCCGAGCUUUUAAGACCACUAAAGUUGUGACCAAGGCCAGAGACGCCAUUGAGCCUGUAGUGAUGACGCAGAUUGUCACAAAGGCAAAAGAAAUGGAUCUGUCAAGGACCUAUACCCAGGACGGCGUUUGCCUGACAGAGUCGGGGCUGUGUCAGCUGCAGAGCUUGUCUGCCACAGCUUCACGGCGCAGGAAACCCAAGCCGAAGCUGAAGCUGAAAAUUAUUAACCAAAACAGUGUUGCAGUGCUUCAAGCUCCUGUAGACGCCCUCUCAGAACAUUCUCGUGAUGAAGAUAUGGAGGACAACAGAGAGGCGGAGCUCCUAGAUUGCGAGGGGAAGUCUGACUCGAGCCCUGAGCGAGAGCCAGCAGAAGAUGACUCCAAGGGGGGCGACGGCGGCAAGAAGAGGAAGAGGAAACCGUACCGGCCGGGCAUUGGUGGUUUCAUGGUCCGCCAAAGGAGCCGUCCAGGCCAAGGUCCAGGCAAGGCCAAACGAUCCCUCUGCAGAAAAGAUUCCUCUGGCUCAGUGUCAGAGAAUCCUGUUGGAAAAGACGAAGGUUGGACAGAAGCGAUGCCUGAUACUCCGGUAGACGAGAUCCCCCCUGGACCGGAGAUCCCAGAGAAAAUUAAGAAACGUUACCGAAAGAAGAAAACCAAACUGGAGGAAGCAUUUCCCGCCUAUCUGCAGGAGGCAUUCUUUGGAAAGGACCUGCUGGACAAAAGCAAGCAGAGCAGGCAGAAGGGGGUCGAGUCAGGUUUACUGGAAGAAGGGCAAAGCCAUGUGGAGAGGAAGCACCCCACCACCGGCUUCCUGGACCCUUCAUCAUACACUGUGCACAGUGCAUCAUCAACACCUCUUCCUGCCAGACCCACAGCAGCACCUGCUGAACUCAGUUGUUACUUUCAUCCACACCUCUCAUCAUACGGAUCUGCAGACUCGUCUGAGGAACCAUUAGUUGAUCUAUCUGAUGUUCUGAACACUGAUGCAGACAUCUUGGGAAUGUUCGGAAAGCCAAGCAAUGACUCUGGUCUUGAUUUUUGCCCCUUCCAGGUUGACAGCUCACCUACUCCUUUUGCUGGUCUGGACAUGGGGCCCCUGGCAGACGGUUCCCCAGUGGCGGGCCAGUCACAGGCUGGCCGGAGGACACCUCGAACCCUCCACGAGGAACCCCUGGAUGGGAUUCUCAGCCCAGAACUAGACAAGAUGGUCACUGAUGAAUCAAUUCUCAGCAAACUUUACAAAAUUCCAGAGCUGGGUGGUAAAGAUGUAGAGGAUCUCUUCACUGCAGUCCUUAGCCCCAGCACUAGCCAACCACCUCCACCACCACAGGUGCCUCACCCCCAGGGUCCAGGGCCCCUCCCUGGCACUAGCAUGCCUCACCCCAAUACAGGGAAUCCAAUGUUUCCAAGGAUGCCAAUGAUAAAUGGUAUGAUGGGACCAAACCAACGUUUCCCCACAAAUCCAGGAGCAGGCCCCUGCAUCCCAGACGAUUUCUCCCCCCUUAACCGUAUGCCUUUCACUGACAAUCCAAGGGAUAGACAAUUUAAUCAGAUGCCUAGAGAGGCAGGUGGUCAAUGGCUCUCCCCUAGCCAUUGCUCUCGCCCUACAACCCCUGGAUCUCUGCCUGAGGGGGAGACUGAAGCCAUGUCAAAUGCCCAAAGGAGUACACUCAAGUGGGAGAAGGAGGAGACACUUGGAGAGCUAGCCACUGUUGCACCUGUCCUUUAUACCAAUGUCAAUUUCCCCAACCUCAAAGAGGAAUACCCAGAUUGGUCUACAAGAGUAAAGCAAAUUGCAAAACUUUGGAGGAAAGCUAGUUCACAAGAUAGGGCCCCAUAUGUGCAAAAGGCAAGAGAUAACCGAGCUGCCCUGCGCAUCAACAAAGUCCAGAUGUCGAAUGAGACGGUGAAGAGGCAUCAUCCACAGCAACAGCCCCCUGAGGUGUUUGAUCCCAACAUACCACUAGACACAGAACUGCUGUUUAAAGACCCUUUGAAACCAAAAGAGUCAGAGCAUGAACAAGAGUGGAAGUUUAGACAGCAAAUGAGGCAGAAAAGCAAACAGCAAGCCAAAAUUGAAGCCACUCAGAAACUGGAGCAAGUUAAGAAUGAGCAACUCCAGCAACAACAGCAGCAACAGCAGGGGAACAACAGUCAGUCAGAGGAAGACGGCAACAACAGUGGGAACCAGAGCCCAGCCUCACUGGCCAGCAAUGGCAGCAUGUCCCCCAUGCAGCAGAUGAACUCUAAAGAAGCCUUUGGCAGGCCACAGCUACCAGGGACGCCUACUUCAGGCAAGGAAGAUGUGUUCUUAAGACCCCCUCCUCCCCCACCAUCUGGCCCUUCCUCCCAACCUCAGUCCCCACAGGUAUUCUCACCAGGCUCCUCUGGUUCCAGACCCUCUUCUCCGUGGGACCCUUAUGCCAAGAUGGUUGGAACCCCAAGACCACCAACUCUUGGGCCAAAUGCAUGUCGCAGAAUCAUGGAAUCUGGUAAAUCCCCCAAUUCCAUGAUGGAGCAACAGGACAGAGGUCGGCCCUCUCCUGCUCAUGAAUCUUUUGGCUCUCCAACAUCCAUGAGCAAUGAUCCUUAUGCCAAACCUCCUGACACCCCAAGGCCAACUGGGGAUAUGGACCCUUUUUUGAAGCCCAUGGGUCCGCCAAGGGCAAGUCAGGCUGCUCAGGGAAGACCACCAAUGGGUUCUCCAGGAAGGGAAUCCUACUCGAGGCCCAUGAUAAGAAACGAGGCGUAUCAACGCAUGGCCCAGAAUAGGAUGAUUUUGUCUGACCCUUAUUCAAGACCAUUACUAGCACCAAUCCCUGGAAGUAAUGAGUCCGGCUCGGUCCCUCUUUUUAAAACACCUAUGCCCCCUCCUCAGGCUCAGGAUCCCUUCUGUCGUUCAGGUCCUCAUCCUUCUGACAGGUUCUCCCAGAAUCAGCUGAAUGACCCCUAUGCUCAGUCUCCCAAUACGCCGAGACCAUCUGGGAAUGACAACUUUACCAGUCCUCCUAGAAUGGGCCAGCAUCACUCUCAGGGGCACUCAUUUGCUCAGCCAGGACCAAUGACUCAAAUGUCUAGAAAUCCUUAUGCUCAUGCACCUUCCACUCCAAGGCCUGACCAUUUUACAUAUGACCCCUUUGCCCAACCGUCUGGUCCCAGCAAGCAAGCUGCUGACCCUUUCUCUCAGUCUUCAGUUAACCAACGAUCCAUCAAUGACCUCGGUGGUCAACCUCGUCCAUUUUUUGAGCCAUAUGCCCGCCCCCCCGGCACACCACGUCCACAUGACAACUACGGUCAACCAUCAAACACCCCUAGCCCAGGUGGGAUGAACCAGUUUACUCACCAGUCGCACCCUGGACAGAGGAUGUCACCUUCCCACUCAGUAGACCCCUAUGCUCAGCCACCAGGUACUCCACGGCCCUCAGUGGGGGAGAGGUUUUCCAAGUCCCCAGGCAGCCAGAGGGGGGCAAUUGAGCCAUUUACUAGCACACCUGGGUCGUCACGACCAGGAAGUAGUGACAUGUUUCCUCAGCCUGGGGUCCUUAGACCAAUGCUGAAUGACCCUUAUGCCCAGGCUCCAGGUACCCCACGGCCUGGUCCUGAUGGCCUCAGCAGACAAGGGCCCAGGCCAGGACCAAUGGGAAGCCAGGACCUUUACCAACCACCCCAAGGCAGGCUUCAGGAGUCCUUUGUUCAUCCAGGCUCCCAAACACCAAAACGCCUGAGUGUGUCUGAAGAUGGAUUUUCUCAGUCACCUUCCAGAAGACUCAGUCAGACACCUGUCCAUGACCCAUUUGAACAAGGCCCCAUGACCCCUCAUCCACAGUCAAUGGAGAAAAUGGAAAUGAAAGAUCACUCAGGUGUGGGUAACAAUGGAGCUGUCCCUCAAGACCCAGGCCAACUGUCUAACAACCCUCUUGACGCUCAGGGUGUUGCUCUUGCUGAGAGCGAGGAAAGACUCAGACAGAGACUACGAAUUAGAGAGCUAAUCCUAAAGCAGCAGCAACAGAGGAUUGCGAUUCGACAGGAGAGGGGCCCUCAGGACCCUGCUGGUAGCAUAACUCCAGGAACGCCACGACCCUGGCCUCAGGAGGUCCCUGGGCAGCAGGGGGAAAUGUUCAACCGACCUCCUCCACCUUAUCCUGGACAAGGACCCAUGAGAGGGCCAAUGAGGUUUCCUGGACCUUUUCCAGGGGAUCAGCGUGUCUCUUUCCCUAAUGAGGGACAAAUGCCUCGGGGCCCACAUCCUCGGGAUCCUAAUAUGAGACACCAGGGACCAAGGUUUGCAUAUCCACCUGGGGUUCUUGGACCACAUGGACCCCAAGAGUUCUUUCCCCGGGGACAACACCCAAUGCAGGAUGUCCAUCCUCAAAUGAGACGCUCCAUAUCUGCAGAAAUGGCAAACAGCAUGGGAGGCAACCACAUGGGGCUACCCCAACACUUCCCACCACGGGGUAUGCCAGUGCAACAGCACAACAUAAUGGGUCAACCUUUCAUUGAGUUGCGACACAGAGCAGCAGAAAACAGGUCACGCAUGCCAUUUCCACCAGGUGCCAUGCAAGGCAGCAACAUCGAUCCCAACAUGCAGGUUCUAAGGCCAGCAGGCUUUCAGGGAGCCCCUGAUUCAAGGUUCUCAUUAAAUCAGGGGUCCAGGAUGGUAGACCCCAUGAACUUUCAGACUGGUCAUCUACAGAUGUCUGCCAGCAUGGACAAUCUUCAUCAUCAAGCACAAAUGUCAGGAAUUAACACACUCAAACAGACUCUUUUGAUGAGAUCCAUGAGCCAGCCUGCUUCAAAUGAGACUCAGAACAUGGCUGCAUCAAUGAACCUGAAUGCACACCCUGCUGGGCAGAAUGACACUAUCCAUAUGGCCAACAAUGAAGCUGUGGAGGAGAAACUGGAUACAGAGGAAUCUGCGGUCAAAGAUCUUGAGGACGUAGAGGUGAAAGAUUUAGUGGAUGCUGACUUAGAUAACCUAAAUUUGGAUCCUGAUGAUGGUAAAGACCUCGACCUGGAGACUAAUGACCUACACCUUGAUGACUUCCUAACAUCUGGGAAAUUUGACAUCAUUGCUUAUACAGACCCUGACCUCGACGACAUCAAGAAAGACAUGUUUAACGAUGAACUGGAUCUCAGCGAUCCUAUGGAUGAUAAUGCUGACACCGGAGACAACCACAAAAGCUUGAGAACUGACACUGGGGCCUCGUCUACUUCAGCAUCUGGAAUGGCAAAGUCAGAGACCUUUGGUGAGCAGUCCUUAGCUCACGUCAAGCUGGAAGCCCCUGGGAAUCAGGACUCCGCUUUUUUUGCACCUGGGAAAGAAAUUAAAACGGAGGUCAAAGACUGUCAGAAAGCACCUGAGGUGGGAGACCAGCAAGCUGCUGGAAACACCUUAACCUCAAACCAGCAGGGAGUGCUCUCUGACUCCACCCCAGUCCUUUCUAGUUUACUCAUUAAGCAGCAGCCUGAGGAGCAGUCAUUAAAUCCAAUCGGUGAAUCUGUCAGUCAUGGAGGUAACCUCAUACCCCAGCAGAACCAAAUCACUGACACUCAGCAUACCUCAGGACUCGCAAUGAGUCAAACAAUAUCCAACGACACCACUGCAGACGAUUCUUUGACUGGCUUUGGAGCAGAGCACCAGGUGGGGCUAUCCCCUGGAGUGGACCAGAGCGGUCUGACUCCGGCCCAGCAGGCAAUGUUGAGCCAGGAAAUGGAUCAGCACGGCCAGCUACAUCGUCCUCUUCUGCUGGAGGAGCAGCCACUCUUGUUGCAGGACCUCCUAGACCAGGAGAGGCAGGAGCAGCAGCAGCAGAGGCAGAUGCAAGCCAUGAUACGACAGCGUUCCAGUGACUCUUUCUUCCCUAACAUUGAUUUUGAUGCCAUCACUGAUCCCAUCAUGAAAGCCAAAAUGGUUGCCCUGAAAGGCAUCAACAAAGUCAUGGUUCAAAACAGCAUGGGGAUGACCCCGAUUUCCAUGAGCAGAUUUCCUCCUGUUCCUGUUCCACCUUCUCCUGAAAGUGCACCACCACCACCACCACCACCUCCUCCACAAGCUGUUGGACAGGAUGGGAAAUUGACACCAGUAGUCAGACCGACUCCUCCAAACUUUGGACCAGGAUUCGUCAACAAUGCUCAGAGGGCUCAGUACGAGGAGUGGCUCCAGGAGACUCAGCAACUACUUCAAAUGCAGCAGAAGUUUCUGGAAGAGAAGAUCGGUGCUCACAGAAAGUCUAAGAAAGCCCUGUCUGCUAAGCAGAGAACAGCUAAGAAGGCAGGAAGGGAGUUCCCUGAGGAGGAUGCUGAGCAGCUCAAACACGUCACUGAUCAGCAGGGUGUAGUGCAGAAGCAACUGGAGCAGAUCCGCAAGCAGCAGAAGGAGCAUGCUGAACUUAUCGAGGAGUACAGAGUGAAACACCAGCAAAACAAUAUGACGCCCAUAAUGCCUGGGAUGCACUCGAUGCCAGGUCCUGCAGGAAUGGUCGCUAGUGGACCACCAAUAGUUCAGCCUCCUAUGAACCCCAUGAUGCAGAUGCCACCUCAUCCCAGCCAGACAAAUGCACCUCCACGUAUGCCCAACCCACCGCCUGGCUGGCAUCCAGGUGCUCCCAUGCCUAUGGGUGGACCAGGCAUGCCCCCAUUAAUGCCCCCCCAGGUACCUGUAGCAAAUCCAGGCCAGCCUCAUCAGAUGCCAAUGGGUAACAUGCCUCAGCACCCUCAAAUGCCUGUGGAGCCCCAAGCAGCACCAGCUCCACCAGGUGGUGUAAAACCCAACCAGGGGGGCGGUUUGAAGUUUGAUGACAACAACCCGUUCAGCGAAGGCUUCCAGGAGCGGGAAAGGAGAGAGAGGCUGAGGGAGCAGCAGGAAAGACAGCGCGUGCAGCUCAUGCAGGAAGUUGAACGACAGAGAGCCCUGAAACAUCGUAUGGAGAUGGAGCAGCAAGGGAUGAUGGGACCAGAUGGAAACAUGGCACCGCUUUCGCAGAUGCCCUUUUUUAAUGCAGAGCUGCCACAAGACUUCAUGCAGCCUCAGAGGCCCCCUCUACAGCAGCAGCCUCUCGGACCAGUGUUUCCCCAGCAGCAGGGCGCUCAGCCUGGAAUGGGCUCACCACCUGGAACAUUCAUGCAAGGUGAAAGAAGGGCCAUGAUGGGCAAUGGAAUGAUGCCCGGGGACAUGGGACAUGGUUUUGGGCCUGAUAAUAUUGCCCUACAAGCUCCCAACUUCCACCAGGGUCAGCCAAGGCCUCGUCAGUUCAGUGGCCCAGGAAUGAUGCUUCAGAUGCCAGGUGAGAGUCUGCCAUUUGACUCUGCUACACCUCUACCAUCUAACUUCCCAGGCUCAGGUCAGUCUCUUAUCCAGCUCUACUCCAACAUCAUCCCAGACGAGAAAGGGAAAAAGAAGAGGAGCCGCAAAAAGAAGAAAGAUGAUGACGCCGAUUCAGUCAAGACACCAUCAACUCCACACUCUGACCUAACAGCUCCUCUCACACCGUGUGUCUCAGACACCUCCUCAACUCCAACCAGAAACCCCCAUCUCUUCGGAGACCAGGACUUGUCGAGGUCCCCAUUACUGGGAUCUUCCACCCCCAGUCACUCAGAGCUGGAAAGACAGCUUUCUGGAGGACAGUCUGGACAACCUGGUCUCUCAUCAGAUGCAGCAAGGACGCAGGCACUGGAGCAUGACCGGAUCCUUAACAACAUAAAGCUGGAGCAGACUGAUGCCAGCGACUGUCACGGGCCCAUCGGCUCAGAAAUGAGCUCUGUGAAGGAGGAGGGUGGUAAAGGGGGCACAUCUCCCUUCCCAGGGCAAAGUCCAAACAAGGGUGAGGCUGGUAAUGAACUGCUGAAGCACCUCCUGAAGAACAAGAGCACACCCCCACCUGGAUUUUCCCAACAGAGGUCAGAGGAGGACGACGCUGCAGACUGCAAAGCGCUGUUGAGACAGUGCUCCAUGGACAGCAAUGGGGCGUACUCGGACGGCACCCUUGACUUUCCGGGACCUCUGCUCCCUGAACAGGAGAAAAAGAAAGGGAGGAACAAGAGAGCACCAAAAGGAGGAGAGAAACCUGCCUCUCGCUACAAGAAGAGGAAGAAGGAUGGAGAUGAGAGGCAACUAUUGCACUCUGGCCCCGACUCUGUAAUUACCCAAAUCAAACAACAGCUCUCCCUGCUGCCCCUCAUGGAGCCCUUGAUUGGGGUCAACUUUGCCCACUUCGCUCCCUAUGGCAGCGGCCAGCUCAAUGGAGAGAACCUCUUAUCUGGUACUUUUGGCAGCGCUUCACUCGAUGGUGUCUCUGACUAUUACUCCCAACUGGCCUACAAGAGUAACCUGAGUAAUCCCCCAACACCACCGGCAUCUCUUCCUCCCACCCCUCCUCCCGUAAAUCGACAGAAAAUGAUCAACGGAUUUGCCACAACAGAAGAACUGGCGAGCAAAGCUGCUGCCAUGGUGUCCAAAGGCCUGGUCCCAAAGCCGCUGCAUGUCCCAUUUAAGACUGAAGAAGAUCUACUAGCCAGGGCUAUUGCCCAGGGUCCCAAAACUGUGGAUGUUCCUGCUUCACUCCCCACCCCUCCGCAUAACAACCAGGAGGAGCUCAGUAACAGAGGACAGGAGCCUUGUAAGGACCGGGACACGCCUGACAGUUUUGUUCCCUCCUCGUCUCCUGAGAGCGUGUUUGGCAUGGAGAUCAGUCGCUACCCAGACCUCUCUCUGGUAAAGGAGGAGCCACCAUCCCCCUGCCUGUCUCCCGUCUUCCCCAUGCUUCCUGCAGCUGAUGGGAAAGGGUCAGAGGUCAAACUGCAAAAUAUCAAGACUGAGCCGUCAAUGUUCUUCGGCUCGCCCUUUGGCCCCGUGUCUAAUGAUUCCAAGCAAAGACUGGUGUCUGUAGCCAUCACUUUGAGACCAGCUGCAGCUGAGAACAUCACAGGUGUAGUGGCAGCCAUUUCAGACCUACUGUGUCUAAAGAUUCCCAGCAGCUAUGAGGUCAGCAGCACUCCAGACAGGGGGCCGCUAUCUAUGCUCAGCGGUGCGAGGGCGGGGCCUCACGGCAUGGAGCAGCGGCCUCCCAUGCUCUUCCAUGGACAGGGAGACAAUGGUGGGCUUCACGGGCGGCCAGGUCAGAUGAUAAGACCCGGUGGAGUGCAGGGGAUGAUGCAACAGCAGCAGGCUCAUCAUUUCCGCUUCCAUCCCAACAGCCCAGGUGCUGCUGUAGCUCGAGGACCUGACCAGAGGACUCCUGCCAGCCCCAGCUGUAAACCUCAGUGGUGCUGCCACUGUAAGGUGGUGGUUCUGGGAAAUGGAGUACAGAAAUCCAUCAAAGAUAUGCCUGCCCACAUGAAGGAAUCUGAAGGCCGUUUGAAAUCUGAAGAAGAGCUGGUGUUCUGCAGCCACAGCUGCUUCCUUCUCUACUGUUCCUCACCACCACUGCAGUCUAGAUCGGCCACAGAAACAAAGGAAUCUAUGUCCCUCCUCCCAGUCUCAGCACAAAUGGAGAGCCUUUCUAAAGCUCAGCACCAGUACAGUAACAACAUGUCAACGCUGGAUGUCCAUUGCCUGGCCCAGCUUCAGCCCAAACAGUCUCCCCCUUCUACCCCUAUCCCCUUCCCCACAGCAGGUGACACACCAAAGUUUGACAUUAAGUCUGAUGCCAUUAAAGUGACAGUGAAGCUGAAGGCCCGGCCUAGAUCCAAUGACUGCUGGAACCAGGGGAAACGACAGAAAGGACUCCGCUGGAGAAAGUGGACUGUCCAGGUAGUGAUACCGAGAGGGAAUUCCCAACUCCCAGAUGAGGAUAAGAUCGAUGAACUCCUCAAGAAACUUGGGGCCUCCCUGCGUCCCCCCGCUUCUCUGCUGGACCACAGACGUUGCUGUUUCUGCCACCAGUUUGGAGACGGGAACACCGAUGGCCCUGCUAGGCUGCUUAAUCUCGAUCUCGAUGUAUGGGUUCACCUCAACUGUGCGCUGUGGUCGACCGAGGUGUAUGAAACCCAGGCUGGCGCCCUCAUCAACGUGGAGCUUGCACUGCGUCGAGGUCAAGCCGUCCGCUGCGCUUACUGCCAGCAGACUGGAGCCACCAGUGGCUGCCACCGCUUACGCUGCACCAAUGUCUACCAUUUUACCUGUGCUCUGACAUCACAGUGCACCUUCUUCAAGGACAAGACCAUGCUAUGUCACGCCCACAGGCCCCGGGGAACAGCAGGACAAGCGCUCGAGCACGAGCUGCGUUGCUUUGCUGUGUUUCGACGUGUCUACGUCCAAAGAGAUGAAGUGCGUCAGAUUGCCACUGCGGUGCAGCAUCCCGAGCUAGGCUACACCUUUAGAGUCGGCAGCCUGGUGUUGCAGGCAAUCGGUCAACUUACUCCUCUACAAAUGGCGGCUUUCCAUUCCACAACAGCCAUCUUUCCAAACGGCUACGAGGCUUGCCGCAUUUACUGGAGCAUGCGCCAUGGCAGCCACCGCUGCCGUUACAUCUGCUCUGUUGAAGACAGAGAGGGGCUGCCAGAGUUUACCAUCCGAGUCAUUGAACAGGGCUACCAGGACCUGCUCCUGACCGACACCUCUCCUAAAGGAGUGUGGGACAAGGUUCUGGGUCCCGUCGCUGAGAAAAGAACUGAAUCAGGUACUUUGAAGCUGUUCCCCAUUUACCUGAAAGGAGAGGACCUGUUUGGACUCACUGUCCCUGCAGUCACCAAGAUCACCGAAUCGCUCCCAGGAAUAGAGGCGUGUGAAAGGUACUCGUUCCGUUACGGACGUAACCCUCUCGUGGAGUUGCCUCUCCUGUUCAAUGCAGCUGGCAGCGCCCGCGUUCAGCCAAGGACAAACUCCACCUUCUCUUCUCUGGUCAUGAGGCCACAUGCACAGGCUGUAUCCACCAACCACGCCAGGUCCAACCAGAAUGUGGCCCAAGGAGAAGGUGGCGCCCCCCAUAGCAAGCCUUCAGUAGUGCACCCCAGGUCCUCUCAGUACCGCUGGAUGAAGAGUGAGUGGAGAGCCAAUGUCUAUCUGGCCCGCUCCCGCAUCCAGGGCCUGGGGCUGUUUGCUGCCAGAGACGUUGAAAAACUAACUAUGAUGAUCGAGUACAAUGGAACAGUCCUCCGUAAUGAGGUUGCCAUCAGGAAGGAGAAGCUCUAUAGAUCUCAGAACCGAGAAGUGUUCAUGUUCCGUAUCGACAGUGAACAUGUCGUCGAUGCCACUCGAUCUGGGGGGCUUGCAAGAUACAUCAACCACUCUUGUGCUCCGAACUGUGUUGCUGAGGUGGUGACAUUUGAACGGGGUUACAAAAUAAUCAUCAGCUGCGGCCGCAGAGUUGAAAAAGGCGAGGAGCUUUCUUUCGACUACCAGUUUGACACCGCGGAGGGUCACCACAAGAUCGCCUGCCACUGCGGAGCUCCUGAAUGCAGGAAGUGGAUUAACUGAGGACAACAACUGACAAAACCUAAAUGCAUUCCUUGCUAAAGUGUGUGGAUGCUUUGAUCUCUGCACAGAGAGAGAGAAAAAGGCUUCACAUUGAAAUCAUUUUAUGAAUGAGCAGAAGGCCCGAACCCUCGGAGGAGACAAAAUUAAUUUACGCAUCGGUUCAUUAAGA